CACGUGGUUCCCUCCUUUCCGUCUCUGGCCGGCUGGGCGCGGGCGACUGCUGUCGAGGCGCGUGGAACCUCGCGCUGGUUCCCCUUCGUCUCCUCUCCGGCCCAGGCCACUAAGGAGUUCGCUGACGCCGGGUGAACUGAGCCUGCCGCCAAGAUGCCGGCCUAUUUCCAGAGGCCGGAAAAUGCUCUCAAACGCGCCAACGAAUUUCUUGAGGUUGGCAAAAAGCAACCUGCUUUGGACGUUCUCUAUGAUGUUAUGAAAAGUAAGAAACAUAGAACAUGGCAAAAAAUACACGAGCCAAUCAUGUUGAAAUACUUGGAACUUUGUGUGGAUCUUCGCAAGAGCCAUUUGGCUAAAGAAGGAUUAUACCAGUAUAAGAACAUCUGUCAACAGGUGAACAUCAAAUCUCUAGAGGAUGUUGUUAGGGCAUAUUUGAAAUUGGCAGAGGAAAAAACUGAAGCUGCUAAAGAGGAAUCCCAGCAGAUGGUCUUAGAUAUAGAAGAUCUUGAUAAUAUUCAGACUCCAGAGAGUGUUCUCCUAAGUGCUGUAAGUGGUGAAGACACUCAGGAUCGUACUGACAGAUUGCUUUUAACUCCAUGGGUUAAAUUCCUGUGGGAAUCAUACAGACAGUGUUUGGACCUUCUUCGAAACAAUUCUAGAGUAGAGCGUCUCUACCAUGAUAUUGCCCAACAAGCUUUCAAAUUCUGCCUCCAAUACACCCGUAAGGCCGAAUUCCGCAAGCUGUGCGACAAUUUGCGAAUGCACUUGUCUCAGAUUCAACGCCACCAUAACCAAAGUACAGCAAUCAAUCUUAAUAAUCCAGAGAGCCAGUCCAUGCAUUUGGAAACCAGGCUUGUUCAGUUGGACAGUGCAAUCAGCAUGGAACUGUGGCAGGAAGCAUUCAAAGCUGUGGAAGAUAUUCAUGGGCUAUUCUCCUUGUCUAAAAAACCGCCUAAACCUCAGUUGAUGGCCAAUUACUAUAACAAAGUUUCAACUGUGUUUUGGAAAUCUGGAAAUGCUCUUUUUCAUGCAUCUACACUCCACCGUCUUUACCAUCUAUCUAGGGAGAUGAGAAAGAAUCUUACACAAGAAGAGAUGCAAAGAAUGUCUACUAGAGUCCUUUUGGCUACUCUUUCCAUCCCUAUUACCCCUGAGCGCACUGAUAUUGCUCGACUUCUGGAUAUGGACGGCAUUAUAGUGGAAAAACAACGGCGCCUUGCAACACUGCUAGGUCUUCAAGCCCCGCCAACGCGAGUUGGCCUCAUCAACGAUAUGGUCAGAUUCAAUGUACUACAAUACGUUGUUCCAGAAGUGAAAGACCUUUACAACUGGCUGGAAGUAGAAUUUAAUCCUCUAAAACUCUGUGAGAGAGUCACAAAGGUUCUGAAUUGGGUUAGGGAUCAACCUGAAAAGGAACCAGAGUUACAACAAUAUGUCCCACAGCUGCAAAACAACACCAUACUCCGUCUUCUGCAGCAGGUGGCACAAAUUUAUCAGAGCAUUGAGUUUUCUCGUUUGACUUCUCUGGUUCCUUUUGUUGAUGCUUUCCAACUGGAACGUGCCAUAGUAGAUGCAGCCCGGCACUGCGACUUGCAGGUUCGUAUUGACCACACUUCUCGGACCCUUAGUUUUGGAUCUGAUUUGAAUUACGCUACUCGAGAAGAUGCUCCACUUGGUCCAUAUUUGCAAAGCAUGCCUUCAGAACAGAUAAGAAACCAGCUGACAGCCAUGUCUUCAGUACUUGCAAAAGCUCUUGAAGUUAUUAAGCCAGCUCAUAUACUGCAAGAGAAAGAAGAACAGCAUCAGUUGGCUGUUACUGCUUACCUUAAAAAUUCACGAAAAGAGCAUCAGCGUAUCCUGGCUCGCCGGCAGACAAUUGAGGAAAGAAAAGAGCGGCUUGAGAGUCUGAAUAUUCAGCGUGAGAAAGAAGAAUUGGAACAGAGGGAAGCUGAACUCCAGAAAGUACGGAAGGCUGAAGAAGAGAGGCUGCGACAGGAGGCAAAGGAGAGAGAGAAGGAGCGUAUCUUACAGGAACAUGAACAAAUCAAAAAGAAAACUGUUCGUGAGCGUUUGGAACAGAUCAAGAAAACAGAACUGGGUGCCAAAGCAUUCAAAGAUAUCGAUAUUGAAGACCUUGAAGAAUUGGAUCCAGAUUUCAUCAUGGCUAAACAGGUUGAACAAUUGGAGAAAGAAAAGAAGGAACUGCAGGAACGCCUGAAGAAUCAAGAAAAGAAGAUUGAUUAUUUUGAAAGAGCUAAACGUUUGGAAGAAAUCCCUUUGAUAAAGAGUGCUUAUGAAGAACAGAGAAUUAAAGACAUGGAUCUAUGGGAGCAACAAGAGGAAGAAAGAAUUACUACCAUGCAGCUAGAACGUGAAAAGGCUCUUGAACAUAAGAAUCGAAUGUCACGAAUGCUUGAAGACAGAGAUUCAUUUGUAACGCGACUCAAGGCAGCACGACAGUCUGUUUAUGAGGAAAAACUUAAACAGUUUGAAGAGCGAUUAGCAGAAGAAAGGCAUAAUCGCUUGGAAGAACGUAAAAGGCAACGUAAAGAAGAACGCAGAAUAACCUACUACAGAGAAAAAGAAGAGGAGGAACAGAGGAGGGCAGAAGAACAAAUGCUAAAAGAGCGUGAAGAGAGAGAACGUGCUGAAAGAGCAAAACGUGAGGAGGAGCUUCGAGAAUAUCAGGAGCGGGUCAAGAAGUUAGAAGAAGUAGAAAGGAAAAAACGCCAACGGGAGUUGGAAAUUGAAGAAAGGGAGCGUCGUAGAGAGGAAGAGCGAAGACUUGGUGAGGAUCCACUUUCUAGAAAGGACUCUCGUUGGGGGGAUAGAGAUUCCGAAGGCACAUGGAGAAAAGGACCUGAAGUAGAGUCUGAGUGGAGAAGAGGCCUGCCAGAGAAGGAGUGGAGACGUGGAGAAGGGCGGGAUGAGGAGAGGCCUCUCCGAAGAGAUGACGAUCGCCCCAGGCGUUUGGGGGAAGAUGAAGAGAAAGAGUCUCCUCUUAGACCAGAUGAUGAUCGGAUUCCGAGGCGUGGUGUGGAUGAUGACAGAGCUCCUAGACGAGGUCCUGAUGAAGAUCGGUUCUCUCGCCGCGGGGCAGAUGAUGACCGGCCCACCUGGCGUAGUGCAGAUGAUGACCGGCCUCCCAGACGAAUUACUGAUGAAGACAGGGGCGGCUGGCGUCAUGCGGAUGAUGACAGACCACCUAGACGAGGGCUGGAUGAGGAUAGAGGAAACUGGAGGACAGCUGAGGAGGACAGAGGACCAAGACGUGGGAUGGAUGAGGAGCGAGGGCCGCGGCGAGGAGCUGCUGAUGAAGAGCGGUCAUCCUGGCGUAAUGCUGAUGAUGACCGGGGCCCCAGACGCGGGAUAGAUGAUGACCGGGGCCCCAGACGCGGGAUAGAUGAUGACCGGGGCCCCAGACGCGGGAUAGAUGAUGACCGGGGCCCCAGACGCGGGAUAGAUGAUGACCGGGGCCCCAGACGCAGCAUGGAUGAUGACCGAGGUCCUAGGCGCGGGAUGGAUGAUGACCGGGGACCUUGGAGGAAUGCCGAUGAUGAUAGAAUUUCCAGGCGUGGUACAGAUGACGACAGGGGGCCUUGGAGAAAUAUGGAUGAUGACCGGGGCUCAAGACGGGUGGAUGAUGAUCGGAUUCCCAGCAGAAGGGGCGAAGACUCGAGACCUGGUCUUUGGAGACCAUUUGUCAAGCCAGGUGGAUGGAGAGAGAAAGAAAAAGCCAGAGAAGAGAGUUGGGGUCCACCUCGAGAGUCAAGACCAUCAGAAGAACGUGAAUGGGAUAGAGAAAAAGAGAGAGAGAGAGAUGGUCAAGAUCGUGACGAGAACGACAAGGACCCAGAGAGAGAAAGGGACAGAGAGAGAGAUGGGGAUCGAGAGGAGCGCUUCAGACGUCCAAGGGAUGAAGGUGAUUGGAGAAGAGGCCCAGCUGAGGAAGCUUCAAGCUGGAGAGAUUCAAGUCGCCGUGACGAUAGGGAUAGAGAGGACCGUCGUCGUGACAGAGAUGAUCGCCGUGAUCUGAGAGAAAGACGAGAUGACAGAGACCGCAGAGGACCUCCUCUCAGAGCAGAGCGUGAAGAAGCAAGUUCUUGGAGACGUGCUGAUGACAGGAAAGAUGACCGGGCAGAAGAGCGGGAUGCCCCUCGUCGUGUUCCUCCCCCAGCUCUUUCAAGAGAUCGGGAAAGAGACCGAGACAGAGAAAGAGAAGGUGAAAAAGAGAAGGCCUCGUGGAGAGCUGAGAAAGAUAGGGAAUCUCUUCGUCGUACUAAAAAUGAGACUGAUGAAGAUGGAUGGACUACAGUACGACGUUAAGUCUCAAGAUAAUGGAUUCAAACUCAUGUCUUUCAUAGGUUUGAUUACAUUCAAGGAUUAUUAUACUUGUGCUUCAACCAGUCUAAAUUGGAUUCUUUAAUGUUGUCUCACCAUAACACAAAAAGCAUGAACUUGUAUUAAUCCUAUAUAAUAGAUUGAUCAUGCACCGUAUCCACAGGAGGUUGGAAAACCAUGCCAUUUUCUGGAAUUUAAGGUGUUGCAUUAUUUCAUCAAUCACUUGUUUACAAAAAAGAAAAACUAAAAAAUAAAUUUAAAAUGUGAACCCUUCAGGUAUUGAGUAACACCUACAUCUUGGUAUAGAGCUGAUCCUUUUUUUUUUUUUUUUUUUUUGAUUUUGAAAUAUAUUAAUUUGGAAUGAGGUAAGGUUCUGUUAUAGAAAAUGUAUUUCAUGACUCUUUAAAGCAGGGAGCUGACACAGUUUUCACACCAUUAGCAGCUGAGACAUACCUCUAGGUAUUUUGAGGUAUUACCUAAAUUUAGAAAGUUUUUAGGUUCACUAUAAGUGCAGUAAACAUUACCAGCAUUGGGUACAAUGGGAUUUUCUGUAGAUUUUACUUGAGAGAAGGUGAGUAUAAAGCAAUUCUCAGACAUUGUUGUAAUGACAAGAAUACUGCCCAAGUGUGAAUCCAAAACAGUUAGAGCAUUUAAAUUUUAAAGCAUUUGGUAAACUGUUGCUGAGCUUUUUUCUGUUGCCAGUAGCAACCUGCUUUUCCAUUAAUGGAGAACUCAUGCGUUUCAAGCAUUUUAAAUACGACAAUAUUUAUAAAUGUGUGGUUUGGAGGAAUUGUUUAAAAUUCUUUUUCUUAAUUUCCUUUCUCUUCAGCAUAGAUUCUUUCAAUAAGUAAUUUGUAGUAAUGACUGUGUUGACUUCAAUUUUGGAGGGAAGUGGCUACGUUAAAGAUUAACUAUUUGGUCUCAUUGAAGCCAACACAGAACUUGCUGCUGUGGUAUUUCUUUAAUGAUAAAUAAAAUACUUACA